AGGAGAAGAAGGAGAAGAAGAAGAAGAAGAAGAAGAAGACUGAGCAUUUAGAUGGGAAAGUUUGCAUCGUGGAAUAAGGAAGUUCAGUGAAAUGCUAGUGCUAACAGUAAUGUUUGGCUGCCUCUGAAAAGCACUUCAAAGCUUUGAGACCCUCCCAUCAUGGUCACUGGACUUCUAAACCCUGCGGAUGACAGCUCAAUCCAGGCCUUCUCUUUGUGGAGGAAUCUGCCCUAAUAGCAGUUAACCAGUGACUCCAGUAGGAAUGUCCUACUGGUCUGUUGGCCUUCCCCAGGACUCUGGAGACAGUAACAGCGACAUGGAGCAGCCGAAAAGACCGGGGGAUGAAAUGGGAGCCAAGGCAUCGUUGGUGGAGGGUCCAGUUCCUGGCUCUGCAAUGGCACCUUCUCCCACUCUGGAGAACAUCCAGGCGGCGUACGCAGAGGGAAAGGAGGAGGCUGCCAGGGAGCUGAUACAACAAGCCUGCUGCAUGGAGUGCGGUGUGGGGACGAACCGCAUUGAAGGGGUACGUCUCCUGUGUGUGGCCACUCAGCAUGGUGAUCUGCAGAGUGUGUGUUAUCUCCUAAAAGAAGCUCGUAUCACUGUGCCCCAGGAGCCAUCUAACAGCAACCCAGCCAUCCUGGCAGCGCACUAUGGCCACACAAGCCUGGUCAAAGAGCUGCUGGAUUCUAUACCUGGUCCAUGUCUGAGGAGAGACCUGCUUAACUGGAUGCUGGCCACAUCUUGCCAGCAGGGUCACCUGGAUGUGGUUAGGCUGCUGGUCCAAGGCUACGAUGCCGAUGCCAAGAACUGUGCCAUCCACUGCGAUGAGUUUGCCGUCAUCACCGGCCUGCCACUGUACGCUGCCGCACGAGCAGGUAAUGAGGAGAUAGCUGGCUUCCUGAUGCAGAACGGUGCAGGCUUUUCCUCAUACACCCUGAUGGACCAUCCAGCCUUCAGCAAACACCUUCUCAGACUCAAACUACAGGAAACCUCCAAUGCAGAGGGAGUGGAGGCUGUCAGUGUGUGUUGGGGCGGUCUGCAGCUGCCCUGGUUAGAACUGGACUGGUUCAUGGAUGUCUCCUCGCGUAUCACCCACUUGGAUCUAUCAUCCAACAGCCUGGCUGCUCUGCCCUCUGUGGUGCCCUGGGGUCUCAUCUGCCUUCAGGUUUUAGAUCUUUCCAACAACCUGCUGAAAGUGCUGCCAGCUGCUCACAACUCACAGGAGGUCAUCUGCUCCAGGUUACAGCAGGUAAAUCUCUGUCAGAACCAGCUCACCAGUCUGCCACCUGCACUUCUCCACCUGACCAGCAUCCAGAGACUUUCUGCUGCCAAGAACCAGCUCACAGCCUUAUUUGACAUCCCUAUCACUACUAACUGGAUUGGUUUUCGUAAGCUGGAGGAGCUGGAUGUGUCUGAUAACUGUCUGACCAGUCUGCCCACUGCUAUCAUGCACUGUUUGAAAUCCCUGAGCUUCCUCAAUGUGUGCAGGAACAAACUGAGCACCUUCCCUGACCCCUGGGCCUGUCCACUGAAGCAAUGCAGAGCUUCUUCCAAUGUGAUUGAGAGUCUUCCAAACACCAUCUCCAUCUUCUGGAGGACUCAGCUGCAGGAGGUGGACUUCUCUGACAACAGUCUGAAGGAGCUGCCUUCAUAUAUAUUUGAACUGGAGGCUCUGGUCUCGUUGAGAUUAUGUGGGAAUCACAUUGUGACACUCCCCGCACCCAGUAAGUGGAAUUGCUCUCGGCUCAGGACCCUCGACCUUUCAAGGAACCAGCUGGGCAAAACAGAAGAAGGGCCCAAAUCCAGGAGACUGGCCUUCCUGACAACAUGGAACAGGAGGGACCCAGACCCAGUGUGUCCCAUAGAGUUUCCCAUCAUUCUGCGGGAUUCACUGGAAGUGCUUUUCUUGAAUGACAACCAGCUUGAGUGUGUUCCCCAGUCAGUGUGCGGUCUGCACAGCCUCACCGAGCUGUACCUUUCCAAUAAUCCUGGAAUCCGGGAGCUUCCAGCAGAGCUCGGUCAGCUCUCCAACCUGUGGCAGCUGGACAUCGAAGAUCUCCCCAUUACUAAUGUCCCCCAGGAAGUAAGAAAAGAAGGUCCUGCAUCUGUCCUGGCUUUCCUCCGAGCACACCUUCGAAAGGCAGAGCCCUGUAAACUGCUGAAGAUGCUUGUCAUCGGUCCACCAAGGCAGGGGAAGACGACCCUUCUGGAGGCUCUACAGACCGGCAGGGCAUCCCCCUUCACCCCAGCAGAAUGCAGUAUCUCUACCUCGACCUGGGAGCUGGACAAACCCAACGGAGGCAAAAACAGUAAGGACUCUGUGACAUUCAACAUUUGGGACAUUGGAGGUCAAGCCAGCAUGUCCACAGUGAAUCAGUGUUUCUUCACUGAUAAAGCCCUGUAUGUGGUGAUCUGGAACCUGGCUCUGGGAGAGGAGGCUGUGGCCAACCUGCAGACAUGGCUGCUUAACAUAGAGGCGCGAGCACCCAACUCUGCAGUCUUAGUUGUGGGAACACAUCUGGAUCUCAUCGACAGCAAGUUUCGCACUGAGAGACUGGCCACACUGAGAGCUUACAUCCUGGCUCUGUGCCGAUCCCCAUCAGGAGCUCGAGCCACUGGUUACCCUGACAUCACCUGGAAACACUUGCAUGAAGUGUCCUGUAAAACCCUGGAGGGUUUGGAUGGGCUGAAGAAGGUGCUCUACCAGGUGGCUUUCUCCAUGAAAGACAGCAGCAGUUCCACCUGUGGCAGUAAACUGCUGGGCAGACUGAUCCCCAGGAGCUACCUGAAACUUCAAGAGGCGGUGCUUGCAGAGAAGCAGAGACGAGAUGCUGAGGGAGAAGUCAAAUACCUGACCGAUGCCCAACUGGACCGCAUCAUGGAGCAGAACCCUGGAAGCGACAUCAGAGACUACGAGGACCUGCAGACUGCCAUCAAGUUCUUGAUAGAGACGGGGACACUGCUGCACUUUCCCGACACCAGCCAUGGCCUGUGUACCCUCUACUUCCUGUGCCCUGUGUGGCUAUCAGAAUGCCUGGAGAGGAUCAUCCACCUCAAGUCUUCUCGCUCUGUAGCAAGGAAUGGAGUAAUCCGAACUGAAGACCUCAGAAUGCUGCUAGUAGGAACAGGGUUCACCCAGCAGACAGAGGAACAGUAUUUUCAGUUUCUAGCCAAGUUUGAGAUUGCUCUGCCUGUGGCCAACAACAGCUAUCUUCUGCCCCACCUCCUUCCCCCCAAGCCCGCCAUGGACAUCCACUGCUUUCGUCAGCAGACCAACAAUACCCUACAGCGCCUUUUCAAGAUGAGCUUUGUUCCUGCUGGGUUUUGGGAGCGCUUCAUUGCCAGGAUGCUGAUCAGCCUUACAGAGAUGGACCUGCAGUCAUUUGAGCCCAAAAGAAACACCAGGAGCCAGUGCAGCAGGAACUCUGUGAUCUACAGCUUUGCUGGAACCCAACAGAGGAACCGCUGCAGCACCUUCAGAGUCCGACGCAGCCAGACCGUGUACUGGAAGGAGGGGCUCUUGGUCACGUUUGAUGGAGGUUACCUCAGUGUGGAGUCAUCAGAUGUCAACUGGAAGAGAAAGAAGAGUGGAGGCAUAAAGAUCAUCUGCCAGUCAGAGAUGAGAGAUUUCUCUGCCAUGGCCUUCAUCACAGACCACGUCAACUCUCUGAUCGAGCAGUGGUUUCCUGCUUUGACAGCCAGUGAGAGUGAUGGGAGUCUCCUCAUAGAGCAGUAUGCUCCCUGUCCCCUUUGUGCCCCACUGUGGCAACAGAACCAGACCGAGAACCCAGCAGAUGACAGAGGAGGAGGAGCACGGGUUCAUUACUUUAACAUGGAGGACUGUGUGCUGGCUGCAGUGGAGAAGGAGCACAUCAUGUGUCCUCAGCACCCAGACCAGCCAGUCCCCCUCCAGGAGCUGGUCCCAGAGCUCUUCAUGACUGACUUCCCUGCACGGCUCUUUUUGGAGAGGACACAGCUGAAGUACUCUGAGGAAGAGAGUAACAUCCUUGGCCAGGGUGGCAGUGGGACUAUCAUCUACCGAGCCCGAUACUGUGACCAGCCGGUGGCUGUCAAAUGCUUCCACUUCAAAAAGUGUCGACAGCAGACCAUCAUCAGCAGUGGCACAGACACCAUGGUGAAACACCUGCAGUCAGCUGAUGCUUGUCGAAGCUUCUCUGAAUUUCGCCAGGAGGCCAGUAUGUUGCACUCUCUGCAGCAUCCCUGCAUUGUCUCCCUGGUAGGCAUCAGCAUCCAUCCACUCUGCUUCGCCCUGCAGUUAGCCCCCCUGGGCAGCCUCAACACUGUGCUGGAGGAGAAGCAUAAAGGCAAAGGCUCCAGGUACAUGCCCCUUGGUCACAUGUUAACAUUCAGAGUAGCUUAUCAAAUAGCAGCAGGGCUGGCAUACCUUCACAGAAAGAGCAUCAUCUUCUGUGACCUCAAAUCUGACAACAUCCUGGUGUGGUCUCUGGAGGUUAAGGAUCCAGUCAACAUUAAACUGUCUGAUUAUGGCAUUUCACGACAAUCCUUCCAUGAGGGGGCAUUGGGGGUUGAGGGCACACCGGGUUACCAGGCUCCUGAGAUCCGACCAGGCAUCGUAUAUGACGAGAAGGUGGACAUGUUUUCCUAUGGUAUGGUGCUAUAUGAGCUGCUGUCUGGGCAGAGGCCAGCAUUGGGACACCACCAGCUUCAGAUAGCCAAGAAGCUCUCCAAAGGCAUCCGGCCAGUGCUGGGCAGUCCAGAGGAGGUUCAGUUCUAUUGCCUCCACAGCCUGCUGACAGAAUGCUGGGACACCAAGCCUGAAAAGAGGCCGGUGGCCAUGCAGUGUGUGAAACAGAUGCAGGAGCCCAGCUUCCCCUGCCUCAGGUAUGUGUUGUCCUGUGAUAGCCACUCGCAGCUCUUCCUGUCCCAGCUGCAGGGAUACAGUGCUGUCUUCUGGGAUGGAGGCAAGGAAGACAGGAACUACAGUGUGGUGAAUGUGGAGAAGGGCCAGGUAGAGGUGAAGAGGAUGUCCUGUCCAGGCAGCAAGAUAAGCUGUCAGAUGAAGAUGGGUAACACCCUGUGGAUGGCCACUGAGGAGCAGGAGGUGUUCAUCUACAGUCUGAAGGACAUGUGUCCACUCAGUCAACCGCAGAAACAGUUCUCCUGUCCAGCCAUCAUCACCUGCCUGUUUCCUGUUCCAGCAGGAGAGGAGAGCCUGGCCAGAGUGUUUGCUGGGAUGUCUGAUGGCCUGGUAGCAGUGUACAGCUUGGUGGAGGACCUUCCUCUGGAGGGGGACACCUACCUGUGUUCCCACACGUUCAACAAGACAGUGUUUGGUCUGAAGGACUCCGAUCCCAGGCAGAGACCCUACGCAGUCAUGAGCAUGGCCCUGGUCAGCAGCGGCUCCCAGUUAUGGUACUCCAACGGUCCGGGUGUGCUGGUGAUCGACUGUAUGAGUCUUCAGGCAGUUCGAAGGCUGGAACCCUACAGCCCACCGUCCUCCAUUGUAUCCAUGACCACCAGCUUCAGUCUGUGGGGAGAGGAGGCAGUCUGGACCCUGGACAACCACAGCAACACCCUGCUGCUCUACCAUGCUGCCUCCUACCAGCUCUGUGCCAAGUACUGUUGUGGAGACAGCAAUCCUCUACGGGACGUCUUCACUGUACAGCGUCCUUCAAGGGUUACCACGGUGACAACCACUGACCUCAAUACCACGGAUCAAGAAGAGAAGCUGGAAUGGACCAAUAGAGAAGUGACAUUGAUCUACAGUGAGAAGGCAGGCACUCAGAUCUUCCACCACCAGGAUUCACUGAUAGACUACUGCUCCAUAUCAUCCAGCUGCUCCCUGGAGCCACUGGCGUCAGACUGCUCCAGCCCCACAGCUGCUGGCUCAUUAGCCAGCAGCAGUAGUGUGCCGCUGCCUGCAGAACCGGAGGAGACGGGCAGGGACCAGAACCAGCAGACAUCCACCAACCCUGAGUCUGAUCUGGAAACUGCAGAGACUGUGAACCCCACAACGCCUCAGCUGCAAGCCUUCACUGUGCUGCCAGUGAAUGGAACUCUGUGGAUCCCCAGGCGUGGAGGAGAUGUGAUGGUCAUCGAAAUGCAGCUGCACGCUGAUCAGUUGAGGGGACGUGUCAUUGCUGUCCUCAGCCCACCUGGAUGUUCCUCUUUGGGGAUCCUGGAGGAGGCAGCAUUAGUGGCAAAGGACACAGUUGUAUGUGGCUUUCAUAAAAAAAACAUGGAGUGGUGCCUGUGUGUCUGGAGGGGCUGGGGCUGCCACGAGCUGGAAGUCUUCUACCAGUCCUACGAGGAGCUGGGCCACAUGGAGACCAGCAUGAGGAAAAGAAGAUAAAAGGACACUUCACCCUGGCGUCUGACUCCAGAGUAUUCCUAGCUUGCCUCUGUUCCAUCAGUAUCUGUACUGCUACAGAUUUUUUCUUUCAUCACUGUCUGAAAAGCUGAACAUAUUCUUGAGGAUUUCUGGACAUAUUUUAAGAUUUUGUGGUUUCUACUACUGACAUGGCCUGUAAAAUCUGCACACCUCUGCAAUUUAAAGUCUUAAUCCUUAAGAUUCUAUAAGGGUACACCUUAGAGAGCCUACACCUUUUUCUCAGACUGCAGGUAAAAAAAUCUCUGAUCAAAACCCAUUCUGACAGUGUAGCUGCCAGUGGUUGAUACACGAGUCAUUUUGAACAUAACUGCGGGACUUAUUAUUAAUGAUGUUAAAUAAAAGUAAUUUUGUUAGCAUUCAACAGCUAAAGCUCUCAUGAGGCUGUCAUAUCAUGUCAAUAGUUUAUCCUGGUUAUGUUGUUGUUCAAAACCAACAAAAUAAUUGUCAUUUUGCCUUGGUUAAAUGACAAGGUGUUGAAACUUUACUAUUCCUUACCAUACAGUAGAUACAUACUGUGGUUAGUCUAUAGACAGAAAACACCAGGAAAACCCUCUGAGUCACAGACGCUAGUGGCACAGAGGCUAGAAAAGAAGAGAGGGCAGACAUAAAUGCCCUAUAGAUGAGCUAUAUAGCCAAACAAAUGAAAUUCCUUACCCAUAUAUAAACCCUACUGUCACCAAAUGAUGUAAAACAUUAUGCAUUUGCCUGUGUUUCUUUGCGCCAUGUUCUGUUCACAUAGGACCCAUGUUACCUGGGCACCUUAUAAAAUAGAAAUUUACCCGCCACGUCUAUGUUCACUGGGGGUGUUUCAUUUAAUUUCACUGACCAAAACACCAGGAUGACUGAAGCAGAACAUACCAUAACAGAAGAUUGUUUUGAUCUUAUUGAAAGAAAAAGUUCCUUACCAAAUCACAUCAGUCAUUUCCACUGCAGCAUCCUUUUGUAGCAAAAGGAAGCAAAACGAUAGGCAAAGGUAAGGAAAGGAGACUAAUUGACACCAUUAUCAUUUCUGUUUGGUGAAGUACUGCACGUAAUUUCCAACAUAUUACAGACAUGGCAGGAUUAAAAACGUCACUGUGAGCAGGGCUUUGGUUGAAACAUUUGCUUUAUGAUGGUUAUGAUGAGAACUUGUCAGUCACAGUGUAAAGGCUGAGAACCACAGUAAGAGAUCACCACGUGCCACAUGGUUUUAAAUAUUUGUCAAUUUUUCUUUCAAGCCAAAUGGUUGUGUUUGGUUUUUUUAAGUUGGCACAUUUAUAGUUCAGCAGUGGCCAGUAAAGAGCUGUAUAUUGUUCAUAACAGCAUGCAAGUAAGGCAGACAUUAUUUAUUUAUCAAAAUGUAUUAAUGAAUGUGUAUUGCAUGUGUAAAUAGAAGUCAUGUACAUAAUAACUGUACAAUAUGGUACUAAAUAAAGUUCUUAUGAUAUUUCAAA